CCCGCCUUCGGCUCCGGGACCCGCACCGUGGCCGGCGCGCGGAGAGCUGGCGGGCGGCGGACGCGCGGGGAGGCCGAAACUUUCUCUGCCCGCCUGGUCCAGCUAGCCAGAGCCGCGAGUUGUGGCGGCGCCGCGGGACCCGCUCGGCCGGCAGCUCUGCUAAGACAACCGGGAACACACUGCGAAACACACUGAAAAAAAAUUCUCAAGUCAGUCCGAGGCUCAAGGGGGCAGGUCUACAGCUCUCCCAGGUUCUGUGAGGCUUCUGCUAUGACCGCAGCUUCUUCUUGGUACCAGGACUGCCCCUUACUGCUGCAGCCACACCAGAUCCCUGCUCUGCCCUGUCUGUCUUUAGCCCCAAGUCAGCAUGGGUAGUGUCAGUAGCCUCAUUUCUGGCCACAGCUUCCAUGGCAAGCACUGCCGGGCUUCACGGUACAAGCUGGGCAAGUCCUCCCAUCUCAAGAAACUCAAUCGAUAUUCAGAUGGGCUUCUGAGAUUUGGCUUCUCCCAGGACUCAGGCCAUGGCAAGUCCAGCUCCAAAAUGGGAAAGAGUGAAGACUUCUUCUACAUCAAGGUCAGCCAGAAAGCCCGGGGCUCCCACCACCCAGAUUACACUGCACUGUCUAGUGGGGACAUAGGCGGCCAGGCUGGGGUGGACUUUGGCCCGUCCACCCCACCCAAGCUUAUGCCCUUCUCCAGUCAGCUAGAAAUGGGGUCAGAGAAAGGUGCAGUGAGGCCCACAGCAUUCAAGCCUGUGCUGCCACGGUCAGGAGCCAUCCUCCACUCAUCCCCUGAGAGCGCCAGCCACCAGCUGCACCCUGCCCCUCCAGACAAGCCCAAGGAACAGGAUCCAAAGCCCAGCCUGUGUUCUGGGGCACUGUCUGACUCUGGCCGGAACUCCAUGUCUAGCCUGCCCACACACAGCACCAGCAGCAGCUACCAGUUGGAUCCACUGGUUACACCAGUGGGGCCCACCAGCCGUUUUGGGGGCUCAGCCCACAAUAUCACCCAGGGCAUCAUCCUCCAGGACAGCAACAUGAUGAGUCUGAAGGCUCUGUCUUUCUCCGAUGGGGGCAGCAAGCUGGCCCACCCAAGCAAGGCAGACAAGGCUUCCUCAUGCAUCCGCUCCCCCAUCUCCACAGAUGAGUGCAGCAUCCAGGAGCUUGAGCAGAAGCUGCUGGAGAGGGAGGGAGCACUCCAGAAGCUGCAGCGUAGCCUUGAGGAGAAGGAGCUGGCCUCCAGUCAGGCUUAUGAAGAGCGGCAGUGGCGCUGCAAGGAGGAGCUGGAUGGCCUGGAGCAGAAGUGCAGUGGCAAGUUGAAGCAAGCCUCACAGAAGAGCCAGCGCACACAGCAGGUGCUGCACCUCCAGGUGCUCCAGCUCCAGCAGGAGAAGAGGCAGCUCCGGCAGGAGCUUGAGAGCCUCAUGAAGGAACAGGACCUGCUGGAGACCAAGCUCAAGUCCUAUGAGAAGGAGAAGACCAGCUUUGCCCCUGCACUGGAAGAGACUCAGUGGGAGGUGUGCCAGAAGUCGGGUGAAAUCUCUCUUCUGAAGCAGCAGCUGAAGGAGUCCCAGACAGAAAUCAACACCAAGGCUAGUGAGAUCCUUAGUCUGAAGGCACAGCUGAAGGACACACGGGGCAAACUGGAGGGCAUGGAGCUGAAGACUCAGGAUUUAGAGAGUGCUCUGCGCACCAAGGGCCUGGAGCUAGAGGUCUGUGAGAAUGAGCUUCAGCGCAAGAAAAAUGAGUCCGAGCUUCUCCGAGAGAAGGUGAACCUGCUGGAGCAGGAGCUGCUGGAGCUGCGGGCCCAGGCUGCCUUGCAGCGGGAAGCUGUGUCUCUGGGGCCAGGGCUAGGGCCAGGGCCUGGGACUACCUUCUCUGAGGACAUCCCGGCCCUGCAGCGGGAGUUGGAGCGGCUGCGUGCAGAGCUCAAGGAGGAGCGGCAAGGCCACGACCAGAUGUCCUCAGGCUUCCAGCAUGAGCGGCUGGUGUGGAAGGAGGAGAAGGAGAAGGUGAUCCAGUACCAGAAGCAGCUACAGCAGAGCUACCUGGCCAUGUACCAGCGGAAUCAGCGCCUGGAGAAGGCCCUGCAGCAGCUGGCCCAUGGGGACGGUGCAGGGGAGGCCUUUGAAAUUGACCUUGAAGGGGCCGACAUCCCCUACGAGGAUAUCAUAGCCACUGAGAUCUGAGGGGCCUCCUGGGAGAGGGAGAGCCUGGGACCUGACAUUGGGAGGCAGGGGUACAGAGCCUGUAAAGGAGGGCUCCUCUCCCUACUACCCUGCUCAAUAACUCAUGUCUCUGAGAGAAACCUUCCCCAAGGCACAGACCUGGGACCCAACAGGGGAGGAGAGAGAAGGAGAAGGACUGCUACAUGACUUUUCCAACCCUUGCCCACAUUCCAGCAUAUACCAUCCCUCCAGCCCACCAGACCUCUAGCUUUCCCAACAGAUGCAUCCAGGGAUCUCCGUCAUUUGCUUAAUAGAUCCCUAAACCUUGCCCUUUGUUUAAAAAUAUUUAGACCCUCUCCCAGGGAUGAUGGUGACUGCCAUAUUGGCCAAUGGCCACCCCAUGACAGAAACUCCCUUCUGUGUGUUCCCACAACUGCCUUUUUGCCCCUGGACACAUUGGGAUGCCUUGGGAGUAGAAAGAAGCCAUCUGUGACCAUAAGCCUUGGAUCCUGACCUGUUUAUAACCUGAGCUAUUUUCCUGUGGUCUCCGAGUUGUAGGGCUUGUAGUGAGGUGUGGGGAACCUUGCUUAGCAACAUCAGAGCUGUCCCAAUUCUGGACAGCCACAGACAGGAGGGGAAAGCUGGGGCAGCCCAGGAAUGUCUAGACUCAGCAAAGCCCAGAGAAGGUUAGGUAGUAAUGACCAGACCCUGCUGGGCCCUGCUAACUGGAGGUGAGCAGCCUUGGACAACUAGUAGCCCAAAUUUGACUUCAGUGACCACUCUUCUUAAAGCCAUAGACACUGAGGCCCUGGGGAGGGGGAGAUUAAAAGCACCUGACACAGGGUGGGUGUGGCUUAUAGGUCGGGGGCAAUCCCCAGAGCCCCAGGCAGAGAGAAGAGGCACAAAUACAGUCUUAAUGAACAGCCCCAGGGUCACUGGCUAGCCUCCCUCCACCUGGGCCCCAUAGGAGCCCCCAGUUGUAAAGAAACCAGAGGGCUUCAGCUUUCUGGGGGCUGGGCCAGUACCUGGUAGGGGAAGGGGGGCAGGGAGGGGGUGGUGGUGUUUCUCUUCUAAAGAUGUGUAGAGCUGGGGGAGGAGAGAAUGGUGGAGUUUCUCAGUUGCUUGGUUCAGAGAAAAAAAAAUUUUUGGUCUUCUUUCGUCUUUUUUUCUUUCUUGUCUUUUCAGAAGCAAGCCAGAUCUAGCAGGCAGCCAGAACUGUUCCAUGUUCUAUUUUUGACUCAAGCUACAGCUGCUGUUCUUUCUUAGGACAGCCAAGCCUUGCUGGAUUCCUGAGUUUCAUGCCUGCUUGCUGAGAGGGGUUCACUGAGGUAGGAGGGAUGAGAGUCUGGGUAUUUAGCAAUCUGAGACCAAACCCCUGGUUCUGCCUCCCUGACCACAGUCUUUAUAGGACCCAGAGUGGGAGUGGGAGCUGCUUCUCAUCACCUUCCCCCCACCCCAACUACAGCCCCCAUUCCUCCAGAGCCACCACGUUCUUUCUGAGUUGGGCUGAGGGCAGGGCCACCUUCCCUGCAAUUGGCUCUGCCUUCUAGUCCCUGAGGUUAAACUGUGCCUGUCCUGCUGCCUUCAUGUGACAGAGGAGCUUUUCUGGAAUUUCAAGCAAUUGCUCUUAGUCAUAGGCUAGAUUUAAACCUGAAACAGAUAGACUAAAAGCCUCCUUCCUGCCUGGAGGGCAGUGCCCUCCACAGGGCACAGUGCAGACCCUCAAGUCAAAGAUAUCCCAUUCCCUAAGCCACACUGUUAGAAAGUGGAACAGGGAUGGUAUACUAUCUCCCAAACUGAGAAGGCACUUUGAGACCAGAAAACAAAGCAGGUGACUCCAUUCAGUUUACACAGAAUUUUAUUCAGGGUAAUGUACUGACAGAAUAGGGUGGGGGAUGAUCCAGGCACUCUACACAGCUAUUCUCCACAAAGUCUGGACCUUAGUCCACAGAUUUUAUACAGCCAGGGAACACACAGAAAGGCAUUAUAGUAAGAUCAAAGGGUUUGCAUGCACCUAAUUGACAGCUAACCUUUAAUUAGAUCUUGUGGCACCACCUGUUCAUCAGGAAGAGGAAAGACUGUGUUCUAACAGAUUCAUGGGAGGCUGAAACAAGCCUCCCCCAAUACCAGCCUUGGAAGGCAUGUCUAAGGUACGUAUGUUAAUCUCCGAGGGGCCCAGAACACGUAUUCCCAAGAGAGGUCAUCAAGUGAACACGAACAAGAUGGAGGGCCAAAAAUGGAGUCUAUAUUGUCAGCACUCCUACACACUGCCCUCAUUCCCUCUAUUUUCACCAGCCUGUGCCUUGUUUGAGUCCUUUUUCUCAGUGAGAUUGCCACGAGAUAAAGGGGCUGCUGUUUCCUUCCCAGGCUGGAGAUAACCCACCACUCCCCACCCCCAAAAAGCAGCCAAAAGCCUGGCACCCUGCGCUCAAGACCUUGCCUGAGAAGAGGUGUGUGCUAAGCCCAGGGGAGGGCGCUCAGGGGCAAGGUUUGCACUCCACCAUGGUGUGACACUGCCCUGCACUCUGCAUCCUGACCUAAAGCCAAACCAUGGAUGCCCUACCUGGUCUGCCACCAGCCCAAGGCCCCAGAGUAGCCCAAAGUGGCACCAGAGUGCAACAGUGUAACAUAGCGACCUCACUGCCAUGUGGUUCUUCUUCCCUUCCCCAUGCCAAACUCAGCCUUUCUGGAAGGAGGCUCUGAACAACAGAGGCUGAGCAGGGACUGGGAAGUCAGAUGACAGGGCUUCAGAGCAGAGGGUCUGGCCCAGGGCCAGCCAGCAGAAGCUGGCUGCCCUUUGCUCUGAACACUCCUGCUGGCAUACUUGCUCAUUCAGUCAGAUCCACUGGCUCUGCUCUUCCAAAGGAUGCUUGGUCUGAAAAUGCUCUGGCUGCCUACAAAGAGAUAGCAAGCAGCAUCCAGCACCACUUCACCAAGAAGGGGACUCUGCCUCCGGGCCUUGCAAUGACCAGACUCUCUCAGGGUUCCCCUGGGGGUAUUUCUUCUGGCUGCUGUGUCCUGCUGGGUGCACUCUGGCCUCCACAGGCACUGAACUCUACAGGGACCAGGGAGAGCCAGCUCUCCCCUGAGAAGCACUUGCUGAGCCUCUGCUCCUUGCCCUGCUCUUGCCCCGGCCCAGCUGAGAGGGAUACCCAGAGGAAGGCAGGCUGGGGCAAGCAGCUUUGGGAGAGGGCUUCCCCAUGGAUCCUGAGUUCUCCUGAGCCAGAGCUGCUGUGGCAGGAAGCUGUGCACCCUGUACAGUAGAUGCUUCCCUCACCUGUUGUGUGGUCGGUCUUGUGCUGAGUCCACAGGCAGAGCUGGAACCUCCAGUCAAGGCUGGCUUUGGACAGACUGGCAUUUGGAAGAAUAUGCACAUAGUCAUUUUUCUCUAGGUGGUUUCUUGUUAUUUUGUUUGAUUGAUUUGCUUUUGACAGCUUUGUUUUAUUUUUGAUGCCCAAAAAUGGCCAUGUAAACUAUUUCUGAUAAUUUUAUGUUUCUAUUUAUGAAUAAAGAAUGCCAUUUCUCAUGCCCUCUA